AUGGAUUCCAUGUACAAUUCAUAUGCAUCGUUGCUCAUGAGCGAUGAAUUAGACGAUGAACAUAAUAUUGAUCAAUUGGAGUCACAAAUUCCAUCCGAGGUUAUGCCGUUAACAGGCACUAGUCGAAGAAGUCAGAAUUUCUCAAUUGACGAUGACAAACUCCUUGUCUCCGCUUGGCUAAAUACUAGUAAAGAUUCAACACAUGGGAAUGCUCAAAAUGCUAAUAGAUAUUGGCAAAGAAUUAGUGAAUUCUUCAACAUCCAUGGAGGUCCCCGUACCCAAGCAUCUCUAAAGCAAAGGUGGAAUGAUAUUAACAAGAAGUGUCAAAAUUUUCUGGUAGAUGAUGCAAAAUCCAUGAACGCUGACUUAGAGCAUAAACCAUUUCUACUUGAGCAUUGUUGGAUUAUAUUGAAGGAUGAAGCUAAAUGGCAAGAAACUCUCUCAAACAAGAGGCAUAAGACUUCUAGUGUCUCCCUACAUGACCUUAAUGAGUCUCCCAUUGGCGGAGAUAAUGAUGAACGUUCCAUUAAUCAAGAUAGACCACUAGGCAUAAAAGCCGCAAAAAAACUUGCUGCAAGUGGAUCGAAGUCCUCAAUUUCGGAUGAGAUCUUGAAAGAGAAACUUAAUAUCGAACGCGCAAAAUAUGAACAACGUGAUAGAGCUCUACUUGAACAGCAACGAGAUAGAGAGCUAAAGGAAAGGGAGAUGGAGAGGAGUUGGGAAAUAGAAGUUAUGUCCAAAGACCUUAGAGGCAUGGAUCCCAUGGUGGCUGAGUAUUGGAAGAAUGCUAGGAUAGAGAUAAUGGCCAAAAAGGGUUAUAAUUUUUAA